ACCAGCCCCAGCCCGGUUCCCGCCAGAGCCCACAUUUGGGCCCAGCCCUGCCCAGCGCCGCAUCCCGGCCCCAUCCCUGACCAGGGAGUGAGCCUUCCUCGUCCGGAUCACUCCACUGGGUGCCCCAGCCAUGGGCUUCUUGGAGGAGGGCAGCUGGAACCUGUCCUUCUCCGGCGCCGGCUUCCUGGGUAUCUACCACGUGGGUGCCACCCAGUGCCUGCGCCAGCGUGCCCCACGCCUCCUCCAGGGCACCCGCCGUUUCUACGGGUCCUCGUCUGGGGCGCUCAAUGCAGUCAGCAUCGUCUGUGGCAAGUCGGUCGACUUCUGCUGCACCCACCUCCUGGGCAUGGUCAGGCAGGUGGAGCAGCUGAGCCUCGGCAUCCUGCACCCGGCUUACGCGCCCACCGAGUACAUCAAGCGGCAGCUGCAGGACUCUCUGCCCCCCGACGCCCACGUCCUGGCCUCCCAGCGGCUGGGUGUCUCACUGACCCGCUGGCCUGACGGCCGCAACUUCAUAAUCACCGACUUUGCCACCCGAGAUGAGCUCAUCCAGGUGCUGGUCUGCAGCUCAUACUUUCCUUUCUAUUGUGGGGUGAUUCCCCCGGAGUUCAGAGGGGAGCGAUACAUCGAUGGGGCUCUGAGCAACAGCCUGCCCUUUGCGGACUGCCCCUCCACCAUCACCGUGUCGCCCUUCCCUGGGACGGUGGACAUUUGUCCCCAGAGCACCUCCGCCAACCUGCAUGAGUUGAACAUCUUCAAUGCUAGCUUCCAAAUCUCCACCGAGAACUUAUUCCUGGCAUUCACAUGCCUUGUGCCCUCCAAACCAGAGGUGGUGGCUGACAGCUGCAGACAAGGCUACCUGGAUGCCCUGAGGUUCCUGGAGAGACAUGGACUCACCAAGGAACCUGUGCUAUGGACGCUGAUGUCUAAGGAACCCCGAGCCCCAGGUGAUGGGGGCUGGGAUGCUGACAGUGACCAACACCGGAAGGGGGGCCUGUCUCUCAACUGGAAAGUGCCCCACGUGCAAGUCAAGGAUGUGCCCAACUUUGAGCAGCUCUCGCCAGAGCUGGAGGCUGCACUGAAGAAAGCGUGUAAGAGGGACCACAGCCCGUGGGCCCGCUUCUGCCGGUCGGGGCCUGGGCAGGUGCUGACGUACCUGCUUCUGCCCUGCAUGCUGCCCUUCGAGUACGUCUACUUCCAGAGCAGAAGGUUGGUGGCGUGGCUGCCCGAUGUGCCAGCUGACCUGUGGUGGAUGCAGGGCCUGCUCAGGAGCGUGGCCCACAAGGUGUACUCCAAGACCAAAGCCCAGCUCCUUGGGCCCAUCAGCCCUCUGGCCACUGGUGUCCCAGAAACAAGCCCCCUCCAACCUCAGAUAGCUCCACAAAUGGACCGCACCCUGGGGCUUGGGCCCAGCCAUCAGGCCUGAGGAGGCCGAGCUGGGCCAGCCCAGUGACCUGGUGUUCCUGGAAUCCUGCUCUGGCCUUUGUCCUGUGUGCCCACAUCUGCCCCAGUGGGAAGAGGCCCUGCCAAUCUCCAUGGAGACCCUGCAGCUUGGAGCUGGGUCCCUGAGGCACAGCCUGUCAACAUGGUCCUGGUCACUGUGUACCCAGGUCACCGGCCCUCCCUCUUACCCCAUCUCAUCAGGGAGAGAAAGGAGGACAGCCACAGAGACACACAUCUUCAUUCCAGAAUUUCCAGGCGGGGAUACUAGGAGGGCAGCAUUGCUGGGGAGAGGGGCUCCUGUUCUGCCAUGGAGCUGCCCACGGAGCAACUUACAGAAGACACGGAGAAAGUGCCCAAUGCCCCAGUCAGAGACCAGAGGAGCCAAUCGAAAUAAUGGGCUGGGGAGUGCUCCUCCCACAGACUCUCAGUCCUUGGGGGUGACCCCUGGAUCUGCCCCGCUCAGGAAACCUUGACCUCUGACUUCCUAUCAGGUCCAGAGGCUGGAAGGUCCUGGCAGGAAGUGGGAGGGGGAGGAGAGGGGGUCCAGGUCUUUUCAGGAUCCCAGCUGUGGGUGCUUCUGUUGGGCCCGGUGGCCCCUGCUGCCACCACAGCCUUGUUCCUGUGGAAGGUUUGUGAAAUAGCCAUGCCUCUACUUCAGGCAGAGAGGAUGCCAGGGACACCAGGCCUCUGGCCUCUCCAGGAGUCACUGCUGUCCCCACACGCAGAGCGGGACCUAUGCUGGGCCCCUGGCCAGGCCCUAAGGCUCAGUGGAGAUCGGGAGGGUGGAGAGACGGAGGUGUAAGAACAGGACCCAAAGGAAGACAAGCAGGAACUAAAGAGAAAAUGACCGGCCUGGGCAGCAUAGCGAGACCCUGUCUCUAAAAAACAUAAUAAAAACUUAGCUGGGCAUGGCGGCGCAUGCCUGUAGUCACAGCUACUUGGAAGGCUGAGGCUGGAGGAUCAUUUGAGCCCAGGAGGUCGAGGCUGCAGUGAAUUGUGAUCAUGCCACUGCACCCCAGUCCAGGCAACAAAGUGAGCCCCUUUCUCUAAAUAAGUAAAUAAACAAAAAGAUAAUAAGCCACUCA